GUCUUUGUGAGUUUCAUUUCAGGUGUUAAUUUUACAAACACUGUGCACUCUCUCUCUAUCUCUCUCUCUUCAAGGGUUUCGAGGUAUCGAAUCUCUCAAUCCUCUUCCAAAUAUCCUGUAAAUUCGCUUCUCCCUAUAUCUGACAGAAUUCGAUUCUAGGGUUUUAUCUGCCUACUCUCUCAAUCCCCAAUCGGUUCCGGUAGUCAGAUUCGAAGCUGGAUCCUCAUUCGACGAAGAUCUGUGACCUUUUCUAGUUUCAGAGCUUCAAAUCUGUACUAUCUGAUCACGUUUACCAUAUCCUGAAUUAAAAAUUCAAGGCAUUGACGCUCCAAGUUCGCUUGCAAUGAACGAAACUGGUGUGAUGUGAGAUAUUGUCGAUUGUUUAGGUUUUGGUGAUCGUAGUGGUUUCAAGAUCUGAAGAUUGUGUUGAUUUGGUUUUGUGGGCGAGAAAAUUGAAUUUGGGUUGUGAUGGAUAUGGAUUACAAUGGGGAUGUGUUGCGUCUUGACGCUGAAUUGUUGCAGCUUCCAGAGGUGUCUCCUUUGGCCAUAAAAGCAAACCCUUACGUCGCUGAAAAACUGUACCAGCAAUGGCUUUCUCUCCCCGAGACUGCUCCUGUGGUGAAAUCUUUGCUUAACAAUGCAAAGGCAGGUGUUCCCCUGAAUGUCCCUGGGACAUCUUCUAGCCCAAAUGCUGCCGCAAUCAAUUCAUUGCCGUCCAUGUUUCCUGCUGGCAGUGCUCCGCCACUUUCACCAAGAAGUUCAUCCGGUUCUCCUCGUGUUGUGAAACAGAGGGUGGGGCCUUCAGCUCUGGGUUCUCCUCUAAAAUUAAUUAGUGAGCCAGUAAAGGAAUUAAUACCUCAGUUUUACUUUCAAAAUGGUCGUCCACCUCCGAAUGAACUAAAGGAACGGUGUUUGUUUAGAAUCAAUCAGUUUUUCUAUGGCCACUUAGAUGGACUACAAAUAAAUGAAUUUAAACCAGUUACGAAGGAAAUUUGCAAGCUUCCAUCUUUCUUUUCUACUGCUCUAUUUAGAAAGAUUGAUGUUGCCUGCACUGGCAUUAUAACCAGGGAUGCAUUUGUUGAUUAUUGGGUCCAUGGCAACAUGUUGACAAAGGAUGUAGCUACCCAAAUAUUUACAAUCUUAAAACAGCCAGAUUCUAGAUACCUCAGUCAGGAUGACUUCAAAGCCGUGCUUCGAGAACUUUUGGCAACUCACCCGGGGUUGGAGUUCUUACAAAGCACACCUGAAUUUCAAGAAAGAUAUGCUGAAACUGUAAUAUACAGAAUAUUUUACUACGUGAAUAGAUUGGGUAAUGGUCGUCUUACGCUCAAGGAGUUGAAACGUGGCGACUUGAUUACUGCAAUGCAACAUGCAGAUGAAGAAGAGGACAUCAACAAAGUUUUGAGGUACUUUUCUUAUGAACACUUCUAUGUGAUAUACUGCAAGUUCUGGGAGCUGGAUACGGAUCAUGAUUUCUUGAUCGACAAAGAGAAUCUUAUCAGAUAUGGUAACCAUGCGCUUACUUACAGGAUUGUUGAUAGGAUAUUUUCCCAGGUUCCAAGAAAGUUUACCAGCAAGGUUGAGGGUAAGAUGGGAUAUGAAGAUUUUGUUUACUUCAUACUGUCAGAGGAGGAUAAAUCAUCUGAGCCUAGUCUUGAGUAUUGGUUUAAGUGCAUAGAUUUGGAUGGAAACGGCGUCUUGACAAGAAAUGAAAUGCAAUUUUUCUAUGAGGAGCAAUUGCAUCGAAUGGAAUGCAUGGCCCAAGAACCUGUGCUGUUUGAGGAUAUUUUGUGUCAAAUCGUUGACAUGAUUAAUCCAGAGACUGAGAACUAUUUUACGCUACGUGACUUGAAAGGUAGUAAACUUUCGGGCAGCGUCUUCAAUAUCCUCUUUAACCUUAAUAAGUUCAUGGCCUUUGAAACUCGUGAUCCUUUCCUAAUUCGUCAGGAGCGCGAGAAUCCCACCUUGACAGAGUGGGAUCGCUUUGCACACAGGGAAUAUAUUAGGCUUUCAAUGGAAGAAGAUGCUGAAGAUGCCUCCAAUGGAAGUGCAGAUGUUUGGGAUGAAUCACUUGAGGCUCCCUUUUGAGUUGUAACAGGUGUUUAUUGAGAAGCUUUAAAUUCUUACGUCAAGCUGGCGACUAAAUGGGAAAAACAGCAAUUUCACCGGAUGAGUCAGCAGGCCCCUUCAAUCCCACCAAAGAUAUUCUUGGGUUGGCCUAGUUAGAUGUUUAUUUGAUGUGAACAGUGUUCUGGCCGAGAAAAAGCCGUGUUGAAUGGAAGCCUCUAAUUAGACGUUGGCCAAAGAGCGAGCUAAUCGGUUGACAAGAAAUUAAUCAAACAGUUUACAGCAGUUCACAAUGUUAGAGCCUUUGCUUUUUGUUAGAUGUAAGAUAUCAUUUUUGUUGAUUUUCUUUUUUGGGAGUUUUAAGUUGGUCUCCAGUGCUUCUAUUCUGAAUGAGGGUAGAUGUGGUGAGUGCUGAGCUGCUGCUGCUGCUGCUUCUGUUUUCUUUUUUCUUUCCUUCUUUUUUCUUUUUUUCUUUUUUGCUUCUUUAAUUCUUUGCAAUUCUGACUUGAAUAGUGACCUCUUAAUUUCAUGAUAGUGAUCUAUGCUGGAUUUAUCUUGUGA